UCGUCAUUCGACAGUACCUAGAAGCUAGGGAGAAAUAUGAGUCUGCCGCGCAAGCGGCGCAGACCCAUAGCUGGAAGGAGUACUGUACCGCGCAAACAGGCGAAAGCCUGUGGGACGGAAUCUACAGAGUCCUCCGUCAAAGCUCGAAAAAGCAAGAAGACAAACUUCUUGUGAGAGACGGAGUGACUCUUGAUCCCAAGCAAAGUGCAGAACUCCUUGCAGCUACGUUCUUCCCGGACGACAGGCUGGAGGAUGACACUCCCGUACAUUCUGCAAUAAGGAGGGGAGCGGACCGUCCGCUGUGCGAGUUAGCCUGUGCAGCGGAUGAUCCGCCCUUCACCAUUGCGGAACUCAGGGAGGCGGUUCAUGACUUCAGUGCUCGCAAAGCUCCUGGAUCGGAUGCGUUUACGGCAGACAUCAGUGCAAAAAGCAUUGAGGCAGAUGAACGGCUCUUCCUAGAGAUAGCCAACAGGUGCCUCGCUGUGGGAUACUUCCCGAAGCCCUGGAAGCGUGCGGCAGUCGUGACACUUCCCAAACCGGGGAAAUCCGACUACCAUCAUCCAAAGUCUUACCGUCCGAUUGGACUUUUGUCAGUCCACGGUAAGACUUUGGAAAAGAUGAUGGUACGCCGGAUAAAGUGGCACGUACUGCCGACGAUUAACCCGGGCCAAUUCGGUUUUAUGCCACAGCGGAGCACUGAAGAUGCCCUCUUUGCCUUGAUCGAGCACAUCAGAGCUGAGGUCAGGGCAAAGAGGGUAGUAUUGAUGGUGUCUCUAGACAUAGAGGGGGCAUUCGACAGCGCCUGGUGGCCAGCUAUUAAACACCAGCUGGCAGCCAGGAAAUGCCCCCGAAAUCUGUACUCCACCGUGUGCAGUUACCUCAAUGACCGCGAGGUCAUUAUUCGUUAUGCGGGCGCCGAGUGCGUGAGGCCCACAACCAAGGGGUGCGUUCAGGGAUCGAUUGGGGGGCCCAUAUUCUGGAACCUCCUGAUUGAUCCGUUGCUGGGCGCCCUCGAGGAAGAGGGCCUACGCGUGCAAGCCUUCGCCGACGACGUAGUGCUCGUCUUCUCGGGCUCCUCUCCGGAGACUAUCGCGCGGACCGCUAACUCCGUCCUCCGGCGGGUCUACGACUGGGGCUUGGACAACAAGCUGCGAUUUGCUCCACACAAGACCAACGCCAUGGUGAUUACCAAGAAACUGAAAGUAACACCUAUUCAGAUCACCAUGGGCGGCGAAAGUAUAAAGAUGGUCACAGAAACCAAGAUCCUGGGUCUUAUUAUUGACCACAGGUUGUCCUUUAAGCCGCACGUCGCUGACGUUUGCCGGAAGGCAACGGCCAUUUAUGGCCAAUUGUCAAGGGCGGCUAAGACAACCUGGGGCCUGAACCCAGAGGUGGUGAGGACCAUCUACAUCGCCGCUGUGGAGCCAAUCGUACUCUACGCUUCAAGCGUCUGGGUCCCAGCCGUAGAUCAAGUCGGAGUGCGGAAGUUGCUGGACGCAGUUCAGCGAGGGUUCGCGCGGAAGAUCAGCCGGACCUACAAAACCGCCAGUUUGAGUGCGGCACUGAUCCUGUCAGGUAUCUUGCCACUCGACCUGAGAAUCCGAGAGGCAGCAGAAUUGUACCGAUAUAAAAGGGGUGAGGACAUUGAUGGUAUGGCAGACAGGAAGGCUGAACAGCGGGUUAGCUUCCUGGAUGCUCCCCAUCCAGCCCUCGCUCCUGAGGUAGAGUUCUGUUGUCUCGAGGAAACACAGGCCGAAACCGACGCGGUAGAGGUGCAGGAUGACUCAGGAGAGGGAGAGGGUUACCUGCAAGUCUACACCGACGGAAGCAAGAUACAGGGCAGGGUUGGAGCCGGAAUAUCAUACAGGCGGCGAGGCAUGGAAGUCAGAGCAAGAAAACUCAAGUUAGAGGAUUAUUGCUCUGUCUUCCAAGCCGAAAUGUGCGCAAUUUCGAAGGCUAUCGAGGACAUCUUGAAGAUGCCCGACAUGAGGGUCGAGAUUCUUAGCGACUCCAGGUCGUCGCUGGAGCUGCUAAGGGAUCGAUCUUCAUUUAACCCGAUAGCCUUUGAAAUUAAAAACCUUAUCCGGCGGGCUCGAAAUAUGGGUAAAACCAUUCGGUUCCGCUGGGUUCGGGCACAUGUAGGUAUAGAGGGGAAUGAGAGGGCUGAUCACUUGGCGAAGGACGCGGCGCUCCACUCGAAAUUGAGGGCUGCAUACGAUGGAGUACCGAUUUCAACUCUCCGCCGCAAAAUUAGAACCAGGACCCUCGGCGUCUGGCAGGAACGCUACACCGCGGGUGAAACUGCAAGUGUUACAAAAGCGUUUCUGCCAGACGUCGUGGCGUCUUACAAGUUGGUCAGGGAGGAACCUUUCUCCGCCUUGAUGGCCCAAAUCAUCUCGGGCCAUGGCGGCUUCUCGGCGUAUCUCCACCGGUUCGGCCUGAAGGAUAGCCCAGUGUGCAUAUGCGACGGUCGAACAGACGAAAGCGCAUUGCACCUGGUGCUCGACUGCCCCAGGUUUGGCCGGUGGAGAUGCGACCUUGAGAUAGAAUGUGGCAUGGCCGUUGUGGAGACCAACCUGCCAACCUUUGUCGCAAAGCCGUUGAGAAGGCAUUUUGAAAAAUACUGCCACAGAAUUUUAGCCGAUGUAUUGCCGCGGAACGGCAGCAAUAUUAAAGUCAAACUUAAAUAAAUUUGUAUCAAUUGUAAUUAAAUAGUUAGGUGAAACAAUAGUUAAUAUGGUAGUUUAUAAAUGUUUAGUUAAUAUAUAAAUAGUAGUAGUUAAUGUAUAUAAAGGUUCCCUAUUUAAAUUAUAGGGCCCUUAUACAACCCAUAGAAUUUAAGUAAAGCGCCUAAUUGUAAGUAGAAAAUUUUUG